AUGACAUCCAGCGCCUCAGCUGUGGAGGGAGCUCGAGCCCCACCGCUCAGUUUCUCGCCUGACCUGCCGGAUCUGUCAGGGAACAUCUUCCACUGCCCUGCGGAGCUCACUGACGAGACGACGGUUCCCAAUAGCGUCUUCGUCCUCGGCUUUUACGACAUGGAGGAUAAGCACCGGGAAGAACAACUCAAGACGACGAAAUCCAACCUCGACAGUCUGGGUAUCCGGUCAACCGUGAUUUUCUCUGACAGAGUGAGAACGGAGGACCUGGAGAGGACUUUCGCGCACCACUUGAAGGGCGGUAAGGAGGGUGGAGUGACGAUCAUCUUGUGCGGCGACGGUGACAAUGACCCAGACAGUCGCGAGCACUUGCUGUGCACAACGCUACCCAGCAAAGAUACCUGGGACGUCAGAACAGGCGAUCUGAUUGACCAUCUCGGUCGGCAGUGGACAGAACACCAAGCCGGAGGAGAGGAAGCCGUUGAUCCGGUUGCUAGCUCGCCAUACGAUGCGGUACUGAUCGGCGAGGAGCAGCAGGAGGAGGAUCUGGAUUUCAACAGCACGAGGGCUCGGAUCAUCCACUCUGCGACCCCUUCCAUCCUACAGAGGUGCAAGGACAGACUCUGGUCAUGCUCCUCCUGGGCAAUGCGUGUGUUCGGCUUGGUCGAGGAUGACGUUCCGGCAGGACAGCGCACACCCAGAUUGUCAGUGCUCCUCUCUGGUGAGAAUAUGCGCGCCGCGCUUGACUGCGUCCGGUGGCUACCCGUGGGAAGCACAAUCAUCGACCUGGACACCGACACCGGACUGCAUGAGCUUCUCAACAAGUUGGCUUCCUCCCCUUCGAAAAAGAACAGCUGCGACUUUUCCGCAGGGUCUCUCUUUUUGUCACUCUUGACGUCGGGCAUGCCCAUGCCGGAUUAUUGGAAGCCAGAGUACUCGGUAGCGGCGUUCGAGUCAUACGGUGCGCCCGGUACCAGCGAAAUGGAGGUGGGCGACUUGGAGAUGGACCCAGCCGAUUCGACAAUUCUGGCUGGCAUCGCGGACAGAAAGGUCAGAGCUCGGGGGGUGUCAGGCAUUAGCGAAGCCUGGAUGGACUACAUCGCGUCGCAGAUUAGGUCGGGACUGGCUCUGAGUGAGGCGGACAAGGGCGCCGUACUGAUUAUGGUCAAUACGGACAGGUUUGCCACUUCCUGGUGGCCGGUCGUGAAGGCCUGCAUCGGCUAG